AGUAUUGUUAUAGAGACAUCGUCCACACCACGCUAAAGCUGCAGCAUAGAUAUGGAUACAAUAAGACGGGCACCACGAGGGACGGCGCUGUUCUAUGUUCUGACUAUCACAACUGCAUUCGGUUUUUUGGAAAACAUCACAGAAGGAAAGACUGCACCAUCAAUUGAAGAUAGAAUUAUCUUUACGUGCGAUGACAAUGAAUACCUCGUGUCCAAUAGGUGCUGCCAAAAGUGCCCAGCACGCACACGUGUCUCCAUCUCCUGCUCUGUGAAUCAUGGUCUGGGAGAUUGCAGAAACUGCAUAACGGGAAAAGACUUUACCGCCUUCCCUAAUGGAUUGAACACCUGCCUGCCAUGCCGUGCUUGUAGAGGAGAUGAAGUAGUGGUAGAAGAAUGUACCCUGACGAGGAACACCCUAUGUAAGUGCAAACAGGGAACAUACCUGUGUCAGGCCAACAUGAACUGCUCAAGCACAGGGACCUGUUCAACCUGUUCAAGUUGCCCAGAGGGACAAGGAAUCAAGUAUCCAUGCAAUGCCACCGCCAAUACAGUUUGUGAGGAUCUAGUCGAAAUGUCUAUCCCAAACUUGCACCAAAUAGGACUGAUCAUUGGUCUGUCUGUGGCCACGGCAGUCAUUCUUCUUCUCAUUGGUUUCAUCAUUUGUGGAUAUCGUCAUCGCAGGAAGAGAAAAGAAGGUCAAGAUCACCCGGUUAAAGACCAAACUGCAGCUGACGAUAAUUUCCCAGAUAAUGUCUCCAAUUCAGAGUUCUCUGAUUCAGAACAACACAGUAAUCGUUCAAGUAUCCGCCUGAUAAAUGAUGAGACGUUCCCUGAUAUAGAAUACCACAGUUUUCCUCCUCACACCCCCAUGAUGGAUACUAAGGAGGAUCCUCCCAAUGGCAGUAUAAUGUCCAGCUCUGAAGAUUGUGCUGUUAAGAAUAAUAAUCCAUGAGAUUACUGGAAGAAAUUUUGAAGUCGUCAGGAUUUACAAAAAAGCAACAUGGUGCCGACUGAUGGUAUUCCAUGCCAGCAACUGAACACAGCUGACUUUCACCAUGGGGCCCAUAGAUUUUGAAGCCAAUGCUUCAUGUUACAUCCAUGCCAAGUAUGCUGUUGAAGUGGUUAAUAUAAUGUUGAGGGUUAGGUUAGUUUUAGGGCCAAUAGUUGGCUUUAGGGUCAAAAGUUUUAGGGAUUAAAAUGCAUGUAAAAGUAAUUUUCUUUGUUUUGGACAGGGCCACCAUCAGGGGUUACAGGCAUUACAUUAAGAAAUGUUCUAAAGGUUUUUUUUCUUCGUUUGACCCCCCCACCCCCCACCUUUAGAAACUUGCAGCAGGAGUCCGCCCCCUCCCACCCCCGUUUUUUUUUAUUAAUUUAUUUUGUAUUUAUUUUUUUCGUCUGACCCCCACCUUUUGCAACUCGCAGCAGGGAAACCGCCCAGAUUUACUUUAGCAACUCACGGGAGGGGAGAGAGAAACGAAGACUUGACUUUGUUUUGUUCAUCAUCACCAACC